AUGCUUCUCUUACUUUAUGCUAUUUUGAACUUAUGCAUUUCAGGUAAGUUACGCAGUAUAUUAUUUAUUUUUGUAAUUCAUUCGAUGCCUUCUAGCGAAUAGCCGACUGCCAGAAGUGUAAAACUUGAAGCUUGUAUUUCUUUAUCGAUAAGUAAAACUACCAGACACACACUUCCUAAAAGGAACAAUUCGCUGGGGGCCUUUAUCAUCGCGCCUUUUGCAGGAAAAUGAAAGAGGGAUUGGAUUGUUUACCACUCAUGAGCUGGAAUCAAAGGUGACUGUCUGAAGAAAUAAAAUAAAAAAAAAUUUAAUUGACACGUAAACUGAAUAAUCCGAGAAGACGGAAUUUAUAAAAUAGUGCCUUAAAGAUUUUCCAGGCCUCUGCAAUGACGGGCCAGGGACCCAUUUCUGGAAAGUCCCAGUAACUUUUCGGGCCCGAAAUCAAAUAUUCAAAUCGAAAUAUAAAGAAUAAGAGGGUGGGUCCUGGCAAGCAGACUACUCCAUUUUGUUUCAUUAACUGAUAGUUUUAUCACGUUAGAUGCAAAACUAUUGAAACUUCGAUCUUUAAUGUAAACGGAGACAGCUUACCGGGCCCGUUAAUAAUCGGGACUUUCGAGAAACGGGCCCCAGAACGGAUGACGUGGAGCACGGAAGCCGGGAAAAAGGAGGGUAGCAAAAAGGAGAAUGGCUAAAUCAAUAUAACUUUACUCCGUGCCGUAACAUCGGUCUGCAAUACUCAAUCCGCUUCAUGAAGUGCCCGGAACGGAACAAUAAAACCAUAGAACACGAGGUAGUUCUUUGUUAACAAAGUUUUGUUCUUUCGAUUUUAAUGUUUCUUUAGUAACUGACUGCGACGGUGAUCUAUCAAUAACUAAAAAGCAAAUGAAUAUUCUCGUCAGCCGCAGCAUGUUUCUAAAAAAAAUUCCCUUUUCUUUUCCUGGGGAAGGAGCGAACCCGUCCGUAGUAAUUUUUAACGCUUUCCUUAGGUUUCGUUUUCAAAAUUUUCCGACGACUUCUAUUGGUUCCCUUAAAGCGUGCGUUGAUUGGUUUAUAAUUAAUGUUAGCAUGGCAGGUAUCCUUACUUGUUUUGAACAUGAGGUUUCUCAUAAAUAAACCUUUUCUCGGAAAGUUUGCAGGAAAACGAUGCCAUAAGAGCUUACAAAGUAUUGGUGCAUAUCAGGUGGACUUACCGGUUCAAAAUAUAAUUAUAUUCUCUCCACUGAUGGUUGUCUAUCUUAUCAAAGCUUUAAUAACUCGCGAAUGCAAAAUCAAGUUUCUUAGAAGACAGCUUCCGCUUAAAAAGAAUCUUCAACGAACACAUCCACGAUGUUUUUACUUUAUGUUAUUAUGAACCUUUGCAUAGCAGGUAAGUUAAAUAAAAUUUUGAUAUAAAUCGGUGUUUUUAAUCUCCUGCCUUAUCCUGUGUCGUUUAUUGGGGAGAAGCCCUUACGGCUAAACUUACGUAUUUUUAGAAUCGAGGAUAAUCAAAAGUAGCGCACGAGCGGCAGGAGAAAGUACCAAUCAUUUUAUGCUAGCAUUUCUUAAAAUAUAUAACUACAGAACGCCUACAAGUGUACUUCCUUGAUACCAUAGCUUAAUGGCAUUCUAAGAUUCAGAAUUCUCAGAAAACUCGUUUCAGCCGACUCAUGAAUUCAACGUUAAUUAAUUAUAAAACGAAAAAUGCAUAUGCGAAAACCGAUUUCACCUAAAACUAAUUACAAAACGAUGAGAGCGAGAUUGGUUUGGCGUGCAAGCUAGAGUGGUAUUCACGAGACAUAGUUAACUUUCCUUGAAUCGCGUAAGCCUUUUAUAAGUAACCUUAAAAUCCCAUGCAUUUACAUUGCACGCUUGGGCUGUGAGGUCCUCUGAUAUCGUCUUUGCUUCAAGAACCGACAAAUUGGCAAAAUAGAUUCUACACAAGAGAUUAGAAACUCCCUGAAAGAUGAUUUAUAAUUUAUCUAGCUGAAUCUACGUCCAAGAAUCGCAUAAAGUUGUUCUAGGUUAACAACUUCUAAAAACACUGCAUUUUCAUACUUACAAAAUUCUAGGAAUAAAUUAUGGUAAACAUCGUCAUUUCUCAGAAUUGCACAUUAACGAUUUCAAUACCAAGGGAUUAGGGAUGGACCAUUAGAAAACUUAUGGGGGGGGGGGGGGAGGGCGAAGUCCAAAAAAAAAAAUUCGCGCAAGGCAAAAUAAAAUGAAAAAAAAUUCAUGCACGCCAAUUAACCCUAAGAAAUAUUCAUGCUACGGCCUAAAAAAAAUUCCUACAAGGAAUUUGAUAACGAAAAAUUCCUGCGGCUCAAAAAUUCCCCACCCUCCCCAUAACUUUUCUAAUGGUCCGUCCCUUAUGGAUCUUUCGUUUUCGUAUCUCGGUUAUAAUAAUAACAGCAUUUGUUUACACUCCUCAAGUACUUCCCGUUUUUCCAGGAAAACUAUUAUUAGUGACAUAUUUGACCCGUGCACAGCAAAUUGGCCUCGAGGGAAAAAUAAGGAAUCUUAGAAUGUGGAAAUCUGGAUGAGAGGACAAUGUAAAAAUCAGACCUCGUUGCUGGAUAGCGCUAUAUAUCCAUCGGAUAAAUCACUAUCCAGCAGAUAAACGGUAAAGGAAACCAAUGCAUUAUCCACCAUAUUACCCAGUUGGAGGUGCGUUACCGAGUUUUGAGCAACUGGGGCCUGACAGUUAGCGGCCCAAUAAGCUGCACAGUGCGACAUAUACGUUUCAACAAAAAUAGAAGGGAGGAUGCAGAUCUCUACAGCUGAAUGUAAAACUGCUUUCAUCACCGAAAGCUUUUUAAGCACCGGUGGAGGAGUCCAAGAAUCAAAUUAAAUUUGCUAACAAAUGUAAAGGGAGAAUAACUUGAAGGCGCCGGGAAAGGGGCACCUGAUUAAAAAAGGUCAUUAGAAGUCAUCGCUACUACUUGAUUUUGAUAUGAAGUCUGUAAAUUAACAACUUUCAUUUCAAAUUUCCUAAAUUUCUGGAGGGCUGUGAGAGAGGCAGUGUUAAUUUCAACACUGACGACACUUGUGUGUGUGGCUUAAACAUUUCCUCACGGUAACGGUAUUACCGUAAGAGUGUUACUGACUGGAUUGAAUGUUUUGACGCGGAUUACUUAUCCCGAAUGUAAACUAAUAAUUCAACCGCGUUUGUGAGGUUCGGGUAAUUGGGCGGAUAGGUGUGGGUCGGGUGGGUUGAUCUGCUCAAUUACAUGUAACUUAGACUAACUAAGCUGAUUAUUGAGCUGUCGUUUACUUAUUUUUAACUGGCCAGCGUCACACCAGCAACAGCGUCCGAGGAUUGUUUCAGGACCGAGCCAUCUCGUGAUUGGGAAAAAGCAUGGAAACAUAACAUUUGAGUGGACUUUCAAACUCCUCCCCGGAAGGACUUGGAUCGAGAGUGUAGAAGAUGUGGCUUUCGGGUUGUGGAAAGCACCAGGGUAUCUGCAGACAAAACUCAUGGUUAUCGACAAGCAUGGCAAAAUUAUGACUCGACAAAACUACGAGAACAAAAUAAGCUGCACAUUUAACAUGUCUCGUCUGCAAGUCGCAUUUACGGUUCAUAAUUUAAGCACAGGGGAUGAGAACGAUUAUGGUCUUCACGUUGAGCUUGGCUUGGCACGGAACCCAUUAAAAGAUGUCGUUGCGCUUCGCUUAGAGGGUAAUAACAUAUUUUUAAAUAAUGUUAAUAUAAUAUUAUUAACUAUAAUUUAUCAUCAAUUUAGUCAUGAUAAAUGUUAUAAUAUCAUACUAAAUAUAAAAGAGCAGAAACUCUGUUUUAUCAGAAGCAUAUAAAUUAAAUAUAAAAGAAUAGUUACAGCGUUGUUAGAGAUUUCCUCUUUCAUUUCAAGACUUUUUUGUAGGAAGGCAGGGAGAAAGUUGUUUUAAAGUACGACUUGAACUGCAGGGCCUCUUUUCGUUGUACAAACACUUGUGAGAAGUGUUUUUAUGGAUUAUUUAUUUAUUGUUAUUGACAAUGUUUCAUGUAUGCAUUUACUACUGGUAGAUCCACCAAAAAUUGUCAUUUCCCUGGAAAGAAACACUUCCCUGAGGGCUGGAGAUAAACUGGUGUUGAACUGCAGGGCGACUGGACUUCCUCCUCCUCAGGUCACGUGGGCACGGUCUGGAAGAGUUUUUAGAAAUCAUACCUUAGUUGUAAAUCGAGUGAACAAAAAAGACGGUGGAUUGUACUUAUGCAAAGCUCACAGUACUGCUGGGGAGGAUAGAAUGAAGAUUUUUGUUCAAGUUGAGGAUGGAGAUAAACUAACACAAGCAACAGGUAGGGAGAUCUAGUACUCAUCUAGUGACCAGGGUUCUAGUGGCGGAUCCAGGGGCCGCCCCCUUAUUUUUAGACCAAACGGAAUUUUUUUUUUUUGAGACCGCCCCCUCACCCCCUCCCCCGUUUAUCUGUAGGUCUGGAUCCGCAACUGAAUUGUAUACAGUUAGUGAUCCUGGACAAGACAAGCUGGAACAUUUCAGUUUAUUUUUGUCUAUUCGACCUUCUAGCUGUAUGUUCCAGACGUAAGCACGUACUUGUUUAAGUUAUAAUUAAAAGUUAAUAUCUAGACUCACUGAAUAGUCAGUGAACUGCCAAUAUUCGUUAGGUGGGGUAAGACACACUUUUAGGAUUCUGGUGUUUCUUAUCGUAAGCGAUAAUUAUAUAAAUGACUUGCAUUAGCAAAAACUCUAGUAGAACCCAUCAUAGAAUGGGGAAAAUUAUUCCAGUACAGUUUACUUUAUAUACUUACUUCUUUUUCUGUUUUCAGUUUCAGCUUCUGGUGCAACUCUUUCACAGCCCCGGCAUAACAAUCAUAAGUGGAUAUCAAUUUUGAUAUUGGCGGGCUCAACAUUAAUACUUGCAUCGAUAACAUUGACAGUGAUUUGUUAUUACAAGCUCAGACGAUUGAAAAAAGGCAUUCCCUACUCUUCUCAGAGAGAUUCUGAAACAACUGCUCAAUUGUAG